UUUAUCCGUCUUUUAUUACUCAUCACAUUGCUUGUUAUACAGAAAAUCAUGUAAUAGUCAGACAUUACAAUUGUGGGUUUUUAACAGACAACAUGCGCAAGAUUGCAAUUUCUCUCCUUCUUAUUUUCGCUUCCUACUUUGUAUGUAUAGAUGCAUAUAGAUACACCAGCUCUUCCACCACAACCACGGGGACAUUAAUAACUUCUAGUCCGUAUGGAAGAUGUGAAUGUCUGGAUGUAAUAAGACUUCAAAAUGAUAUAAAUAUGAUACUUACAAAAGUAGAAAGACUUCCUAAACAAAUGACUAAUCUUACAGAGCUACCUAAAAUUUUUACCAAGCUUUCGGAAAUUCAACAAACUGUUCAAGACAAAACUUGUCGAUGUGAAAAUGGCGCUAGGCUUCUAGAAUUAGAGGAAAAAACAAAUUCAAAGGUAAAUGAUGUUUUUCGUUUGGCAGAUGAAAGUGCAAGAUGUGCCUGUGCCAUUAACAAUACAUUUGACGUUAUCACUAAAGAGAUCUUAGAUGGGCUUAAAACAAUUAUGAACCGCUCCGAUAUAAUUCAAAGCAUAGUAAAGACCUGUCAACAAGAAUUUACUGAAAUUAAAAAGAAAUUAGAUGUUCUUAUAGAAAAUGGUUCUGGUAGUAGCCCGUGUGACAUGUCGCAACUGGAACAGGAUAUGAUGAGAAUGAUGAAACUACUUGAGGAAAUUCUCAGACUUUUAUACGAAAUCCUUAAUCGAGAAUGUGGUUGUAAAGAAGAGAUUGCAAAAAUGAGCGGAAAAAUAUGCGAAAAAAUAGAAUUGCUGAUGAAGAAAAUUAAUGAUUCUAAUGAACAAAGUAAUAAGAAAUUAGACUCUUUAAAGGAAUUGCUAGAGAAUAUGAACAAAAAGCUGGAUAAGAUUAUUGAGAAAGACACCACAAUGAUAACACAAGAAUGUAAUUGUAUUACCUACAAUCAAUUUAUACAAGUCUUACCAUUGUAUUGCGUCAAGCAGCAAAGAGAAACGAAAGUACAGUCUUGGGAAUUGUCGGAGAAGGCUACCGAUGAGUUACUAAGUGAUUAUGAGUCGUGUAUAAAAGUUGCUAUACAUGAUCUCGACGACUGGUUCAAAGCUGGGACGUGGAACAAGAUGCCAGAAAGUGUCAAGAAAAUAAUGAUUACCAUAUACUGUAAGAUGGGAUUAAAAGAUAUGCAUUUUUUCUUCCAAAGUAGGUCGAAAAUCAAAGAAAAGCUCGAGGCUGGAAAUUGGAAGGAGGCGGCUGAUCUUAUGAGUCAAACACUUUGGGCGAAGAAAAGAGAUCCUGAUGCUGCUAAAGAUCUUAUCAAGAAGCUGCGCGAAGUUGGCCAAUAAAUGGCAGACGAAUAAAACAUAAGGAAGAGAAGUAAUUGUUUUAAAUGGAGGAUCGUCUUCAAUGAAUA